AUGGCCAUCUUUCGCAAGUUAUUGACUUCAGCUCUCCUAGCAAUCGCAUGUGCUUCUUAUGGUUUCUCUACACCCUUGGCCUCUCAUGAGAGGCAUGCAACACGCCGCUCAAUUGACAUAGGUCCAGGACUUACCAUCGAGGCUUUUCACCCGCCUAGUACCUUUGAGACAUUUGCAGCAGGAAUCGAUCACCCAUUAUCCAAGCGCGGGGGGCCAUUUUCACUGAAAGAUGCUUCAGUCGCCUUUGCAGGCUCCAAACUCUCUAAAGGCGCAGGCUCGGUAUCUUUCCGCACUGGCUUCUCAGGAGAUGUUGCGCAACAUGCGUUCCUCACCCAAACCCAUGACGGUAUCCCAUUUGCCAAUGCGGUAGCAAAUGUAGCGUUCAAUAAGGAUGAUAAGGUUGUGUCGUUUGGUUCAUCGCUUGUUAAUCCCAAGUCUAUCGCAUCUUCGACUCCCACUAUCUCGCUCAGCGAUGCUAUCACAAUUGCUGAAAAUGCAUUGAACGGGAAGUUUAAUGAGCAUCCUGCGACCCUCGAGUUUUUCGCCAAACCGGAUAAUACGGCAGUGUUGACGCAUGUCAUUCAAAUUGAAAAUGACGCUACUGGUGCAUGGUUUGAAGCUUUCGUAGAUGCCCAUUCAGGUGAUCUUGUCUCGGUGACAGACUUUGUCACGAAGGCUGCCUACCUUGUGGUACCUAUGCAAGAGGAAAUUCUUACACAGGGAUUCCAAACUUUAACUGAUCCGCAAGAUCUUUUGGCCUCUCCACUCGGAUGGCACAGUAACGGGACGGUCAACACUACAGUUACAUCAGGAAACAAUGCUAUUGCUUUCAAAGCUAACCAGAACGCAACCACCAGCCAAUCAGCUCCUGGACAAUUUUUCUUUACACAGGAUCCCAAUAGUGCCCCAACCACUCCGAAUAACCUCGACGCGGCAAGAGUUAAUGCAUUCUAUAUUGUCAACACCAUGCACGAUCUGACCUACAGAUAUGGAUUUACAGAGGCAGCCUUCAACUUCCAGAAUAACAACUUCGGUAAAGGUGGGCUGGGGAAUGAUCAGGUUACCAUUUCAGUCCAAGAUGCAGCUGGGACCAACAAUGCCGAUUUCUCAACUCCGCCAGACGGUCAAUCGGGACGGAUGAGAAUGUUCUUGUGGACCCUGACCAAUCCUAUGCGUGAUGGUGCCCUUGAGAAUGAUAUUGUCACUCACGAGAACACCCACGGAGUUACGAACCGCAUGACAGGAGGAGGAACGGGCCGUUGUCUGCAGACCACUGAAGCUGGAGGAAUGGGUGAAGGUUGGUCAGAUGCCAUGGCGAACUGGAAUGAAAAGACCUCGAGCGCUGUUGACGACUUUGUUCUGGGUCAAUACGUUACCAACAACACGGCUGGUAUACGAACCCAUCCUUACUCAACAAAUGCUGUCAUCAACCCACUUCGCUACUCAGACCUAAAGACCCGUACGGAGGUUCACUCCAUUGGCGAGGUAUGGGCCAACAUGCUGUACAAUGUCUAUGCCAAUCUCGUCGGUGUACACGGAUGGUCGUCCCAGGCUCGCACCAACCCGGAUGGCAGGGAAGGCAAUAUUGUCUUCCUUCACUUAUUCCUGGACGCAUUAGCUCUCCAGCCUUGCAACCCUACCUUCCUAAGCGCUCGUGAUGCUUGGAUCCAAGCCGAUGUAAAUCGUUUUGGGGGUGCAAAUGCCUGCUUUAUUUGGAAGGCAUUUGCCAGUCGUGGUCUCGGUACAGGUGCUGCCAACCACACAGAUGACACCACAGUUCCCCCAGCGUGUGUUGAGACUUGA